UCAUUGCGACUGGUCUGGCAUAACUUGCAACAAGGAGGGACAUGUCAUUGCAGUUUAUAUAGAGCCAGCGGUGAACUUAGCAAACUAAAGUUUUCUUCAUUUUCCAGUCUCAGAACCAUCAAUCUUCACGACGAUAGACUCAGUGGUAGAAUCCCACACCAAAUAGGUACUCUUACUAAGGUCAUUUAUCUUCAUCUCUCUUGUAAUGAACUCAGUGGUAGUAUCCCAGACCAAAUAACUACUCUUACUAAGCUCACUUACCUUGAUCUCUCUAGGAAUGAACUCAGUGGUAGCCUCCCGCCCCAAAUAAACACUCUUACUAACCUCAACUACCUCAAUCUUUCCCAUAAUGAGCUCAAUGGUAGGAUCCCGCAACAAAUAGGAACUCUUAUUAGACUCACCCAUCUCGAUCUCUAUAGCAAUGAACUUAGCGGUAGCAUCCCAGACGAGAUAGAUACUCUUACUGAACUUGCCUACCUCGAUCUCUCUAAUAAUGUGCUCAAUGGCAGCAUCCCACACCAACUAGGUGCUCUCGCUAAACUCACCUACUUUGAUCUCUCUUGGAAUGAACUCAGUGAUGACAUCCCUUCAUCUUUUGGCCAUCUUUCCAAUUUAAUUUCUCUAUGUCUCAAUAAUAAUCAAAUCAACGGCCCCAUCCCUGAAGAUAUUGGAAACCUCGAGGACUUGGUUGAUUUGGACUUAAGUAGUAACUCGAUCAGUGGGAAGAUACCAUCCCAAAUCCAAAACUUGAAGAGGUUAGAGAACUUGAAUCUCUCUCGUAACAAACUUUCAGGUGCCAUUCAUCCCUCGCUUACCUAUGACUACAAGUGGACAUCCAUUGAUUUAUCAUACAAUGAUUUGGAGGGUCACAUACCCUUCGAAUUGCAGUUUGAAUCUCCCCCGGGGGUAUUUGAGCACAACAAACAUUUAUGUGGAGAAAUCAGACACUGGCCACACUGCAAAAAGGGACAAAAAAUCACGCUCAUCCUUGUUAUUUCUCUACUUGCCACCUUGUGCAUUGCAUUUGCAUUUCUUAAAUUUCUCCUCCUUCCAAGAAAGAUGAGAAAAAUGCGACACAUGUCAGCAAGCGCAGCAGAAACAAGAAGGGGAGAUUUGUUCUCCGUAUGGGACUAUGAUGGAACAAUUGCUUACCAAGACAUAAUCCAAUCAACGGAGAAUUUUGACAUCAAAUAUUGUGUAGGUGUUGGAGGAUAUGGCAGCGUUUACAGGGCACAACUGCCAUGUGGAAAAGUUGUAGCCUUGAAGAAGCUUCAUGGAUGGGAAAGGGAGGAGCCCACCUACCUGAAAAGUUUUGAAAAUGAGGCACAAAUAUUGUCCAAGAUACGACAUUGAAACAUUGUGAAACUUCAUGGCUUCUGUUUACAUAGAAGAAGCAUGUUUUUGGUUUACCAGUUCAUGGAACGGGGAAGCUUAUUUUGCAUGUUAAGCCAUGAAGUUGAGGCUCUAGAGUUGGAUUGGACUAAGAGGCUGAAUGUUGUCAAAAGUAUUGCCCAUGCUUUAUCUUACAUGCAUCAUGAUUGUUCCCCACCCAUCAUUCACAGGGACAUAUCAAGCAAUAAUGUCCUCUUGAAUUCACAACUUGAAGCUUCUGUAUCAGAUUUUGGUACCGCUAGACUACUAGAUCCUGAUUCAUCCAUUCAGACUCUUCUUGUAGGCACUUAUGGGUAUAUUGCACCAGAGCUUGCCUACACCAUGACUGUAACUAAAAAAUGCGAUGUGUAUAGUUUUGGAGUGGUGGCACUUGAGACAAUGGUGGGGAAACAUCCAAGAGAAGUUAUCACUUCGUUGUCUUCCUCCUUAGGUCAAGAUAUAUUGUUGAGGGAUGUAUUAGAUCCACGCCUUGCACUUCCAGAAAACCCACAAGUUGCUAAAGAUAUAGUUUUUGUGGUGUUUUUGGCACUUAAAUGCAUCCAUUCAAAUCCACAAUCCCGUCCAACAAUGCAACAGAUAUCCUACAAGCUUCUUGGUGACAUUCCAUUUCCUAAAUUGCCAUUUUAUGCAAUUUCACUUUAUGGACUAAAUUAUGAAGAAAAUGUAAUUUAAAAAAUGAUAGAUGAUAUACAAAGUGAGUUUUCUGUGUUUUGAUGUUA